UUCCCCGAAAGUUUCUGUGGAGGAAGGAUAGACUUUUACCAGUAGACAAUUGGGUAAAAAGCUGUCAAUCUGUUACCGCCCCAAAACACCGGAAUUACGAGAUGGGACAACGCAGACUGUAUCUCAACUAAAAAGACAAAGGAUAAACAGCAACAUUUGCCAGAUUUCCAUUUUUCAUCUGGCAGACGUGUUCCAUUGUCCUUGAGAGCGGUACCCCCCCCCCCCCCGCACACUGCUCCUCUCUCCAGCUGUCACUUGAACCUCCUUUUCCUUCUGUCUCCCCACUCUCAACACCCCCCACCCUCAAUUUCCCCAACAACCCCCCCACGGAUACACAGCCCCGAUGGCAGGGCGCCCAUCCCGACCCAGUGGCCAGCCUCAGUCCAGUAAGGUGAGCCAGUUUAAAUUGGUUCUACUGGGGGAGACAUCAGUGGGGAAGUCCAGCCUGCUGCUGCAGUUUGUCAAAGGCCAGUACCAGGACUUCGGGGAGAGCACCAUUGGGGCGGCCUUUCUGACUCAGAUGGUGAGUGUGGACAGUGCCAUGGUGAAGUUUGAGAUCUGGGACACGGCUGGUCAGGAACGCUACCACAGCCUGGCACCUAUGUACUACAGAGGAGCUCAGGCAGCCAUAGUGGUCUAUGACAUUACCAACACAGAGACCUUUGUACGAGCCAAAGCCUGGGUGAGCGAGCUCCAGAAACAGGCCAGUACAAACAUGGUGAUAGCCUUAGCGGGCAACAAAGCUGAUUGGUCUGCUAACAGAGCAGUGGAGUAUACGGAUGGUCAGGGUUAUGCUGCUGACAACAGUCUUCUCUUCAUGGAGACCUCUGCCAAGACAGCCAUGAAUGUCAACAACCUCUUCCUGGCCAUAGCCAAGAAACUGCCCAAGAGUGAGCCACUGGGUGGAGUAGCUGGCAGUGCUGGGGUUCGAGGAGGACCUCCAGUGGACCUCAGACAGCCUACCCAGACCAGCCCUGCCCAGUGCUGUGGAAACUGAGGAAGGAUGGGGGAGAAGAGAAGCAAGCUCACAUCUGAGGGAGGAGGGAAGUUUAAAGAGAUUUUCCAGAGAAAAGAAAGGAGUGUAAAAGAGUGCAAAUGAGUUAAAGGAAUGAUAAGGGACAAAUACACUGAGUGUACAAAACAUUAGGAACUCCUUCCUAAUAUUGAGUUGCACCCACCCAACUGGUCAAGCUAUGUCAUGGAAAGAGCAGGUGUUCUUAAUGUUUUGUAUACUCAGUGUAUGUAGAUCAAUGGGAGAAAAACACACACUACAAUAAGAUUAACUUCUAUUAAACUUAUCACUUCCCUACAUGUUUUUGUCAACUCGGCACUACUGGACAGCCAGAUAAAAUACACUUACUGUAUGGUCUGUACCUUUCCACAUUUUCAUGGGUUUCAUUUUCAUUUGAUAUUAUGAAAAUAAAUUAAAUGAUGUUGAUAUACAGACUGCGUUGUCCCACCUCGGUGUUUACACUCAGCAGUUAUCCAAGUAGGCAAGAAACUAAGGCCAAUUAAACAUGUGGUGUGGGGUUAUGAAGUUCUUGGCAAAUGCUUCCAAUCUGAGGACACAAACAGGAAGUGACAUCACAUUGGUCUUUCAGGUGGUGCGGUCACACUAGGCCAAAGCGAUGAAAACAGAGGCGGAGGCCAAAUGUCUGUUUGCACAAAGCACAGAUCAUUUCUGAGAACACAUGGUCAAAUGAACAUGGUCAAAGCUCCCAGCAGUCCCUCCUAUGACUGCAUAUCAAAUUGCUUUUAUCCAUGUUCAUUUGCCUCUCAAUCUUAGUUGGACAUUUAUAUUAUCAGCUCUGCUGUACAGUUUCUGAGCCUCUCACCAGUACUAUGUAGUCCCUAAAAGAGGAAGUGACAUCAAAUGUAAAAAAAACUUUUUUUUACCACAUCUCCUUUACUAAUAAAUGUGCAAUACUAAGGUGUACUCAGCUGGCCUUUACUAUAGGAAUGUUUUCUAUGUUGAAGUUAGAAAUAGAAUGUAUAGAACCAUGUACAGUACAGGUAACCCUAAUGUUACAGACUGUUCACCGGUGAUGGUUGAACAAAAUUAUUGGCCAAUUGCAUAGAGAUGGUGAUAAAAACAGUGGAACUAAGACAAUGAGAAGAUUAUUUAUUGUGGUUUGACAAAAUCAAUGUCCUUUAUCCAAUUUGCCUCUUUUGUUUCUGUCCUGUUUUAAUUAUGACGCAUUGCCCACUGCAAAUAUUACUGUGUUAUAGUUUCGUAGAAUUCCCUGGCUGUGUAUUGUUUUAUAAACACAAAGUAUAUAUUUGUCUAAUGGUGUUCCAAUAUAGCAUCAUAAAAUGCACUAUAUGCCCACUGGAUCUCAUUUCAAGUCUUGUAUUAUCAAGCUUUUUAUAACAAUGUGCAUUGCCCAUGUAUGCAUAUCCUAUAUCGCAGUCUCAAUGUCUUGUUUUAAAAUGUUUACAAAUAAGUGCCUUUCUUUUUUUAUCUUUAAUUGUUUGUUGGUCUAUUCAUGUGCAGCUUGAUAAUACAUAAUUGAUGUGAUAAGAUAA